GAGGCGGUGCCUCUUCACGGUGGUUGUUCAGCGUGGUGCGCGCAGACGUCGGGCAACAAACACCGUUAUAUUGGUAGUUUGGAUUCUAAAAAUAACCCACAACAGCACUUAAACGCGUGCUUGGGUCGCUACCAUCUCCAAAAACUCCGCAGGGUUUGGAGGAUAAAUUAGAUAUGAAUGUUCCUUCGGGAUUACGAGCGGAUUCGUUAGCUCCCAAGUAGUGAUUCCGGUUCAGUGGGAAGGUUUGAACUGUUCUCGGGAAAGUGACCAUUGUUGAAAUCAGGUCGAGGCUGUUGUCAUUCCCCCCUGGCUGACUUUCUUAGUUUCUUUUUUUACGGAUUUAAAACAAAAACAGUGCAAGCUUUUUAGAGUGUCAUGAAAGAAAUGUCAAGCACCAUGCCUGGUGGGCAGCAGCCUCAGAAACACUAUGGCAUCACCUCUGCCAUAAGCCUGGCUCCGCCGCGAGAAAUAGACCACCUGUACACCAAGAAGCUCUGUGAUGCUAUGAAACCUUUCGGUGUCUUUGAGGAUGAAGAGGAGCUGAACCACAGACUUGCUGUUCUUGGGAAGUUGAAUGACUUAGUUAAAGAAUGGAUUGCAGAGAUCAGUGAAUUAAAGAACCUUCCACCAUCGGCUAUCAGUUGUGUUGGAGGCAAGAUAUUUACGUUUGGUUCUUACAGACUUGGAGUGCACACAAAAGGAGCUGAUAUUGAUGCCUUGUGUGUGGCUCCACGGCAUGUAGAGAGAACUGACUUUUUCCAGUCUUUCUUUGAGAAAUUGAAACAGCAUGAAGAGAUCAAAGACCUCAGGGCUGUUGAGGAUGCUUUUGUACCAGUGAUAAAAUUCAAAUUUGAUGGGAUUGAGAUCGACCUGCUCUUUGCCAGAUUGGCCUUACAGUCCAUUCCAGACAACCUGGACCUGAGAGGAGAUUCUAUGCUGAAGAAUUUGGACAUUCGGUGCAUCCGAAGCCUCAACGGUUGUCGAGUAACAGAUGAAAUUUUAUACCUGGUGCCUAACAAAGAGAACUUCAGGUUGACGUUGAGAGCCAUCAAACUGUGGGCGAAACGUCGAGGAAUCUAUUCCAACAUACUGGGCUUUCUGGGUGGAGUGUCAUGGGCCAUGUUGGUGGCCAGGACCUGCCAGCUCUACCCCAACGCUGUAGCUGCCACACUCGUCCACAAGUUUUUCUUGGUCUUCUCCAAAUGGGAGUGGCCGAAUCCUGUGCUACUGAAACAACCUGAGGACAGUAAUCUGAAUUUACCUGUUUGGGAUCCUAGAGUGAACCCUUCUGACAGAUACCACCUGAUGCCCAUCAUCACGCCCGCCUACCCCCAGCAGAACUCCACGUACAACGUCUCCACAUCAACACGCACCAUUAUGACAGAGGAGUUCAAACAUGGUCUCAGCGUCACAGAUGAGAUUCUUCAAGGCAAAGCAGAAUGGCCAAAGCUCUUUGAACCACCCAACUUUUUCCAAAAGUACAAGCAUUAUAUUGUUCUUACUGCCAGUGCAUCCACAGAAGAAAACCACUUAGAAUGGAUCGGCCUCGUUGAGUCAAAGAUCCGUGUUCUUGUGGGAAACCUCGAGAGGAACGAAUACAUAACACUGGCUCAUGUCAACCCUCAGUCCUUCCCUGGGUCCAAAGAGAACCGCAGCGAAAACGACUUUGUUUCCAUGUGGUUUAUUGGGAUCAUCUUCAAGAAGGUGGAGAAGGCAGAGAGCGUGAACAUUGACCUAACAUUUGACAUCCAGUCCUUCACGGACACUGUGUACAGACAAGCUAAUAACAUCAACAUGCUGAAAGAUGGGAUGAAAAUCGAAGCAACACACGUGAAGAAGAAACAACUCCAUCAGUAUCUCCCCCCUGAACUGGUGCAGAAGAAGAAACGAAGCAUAGCAGAGUUGAACCGAAGCUCAAACGGGGGAAGUUCGAAACGAAUUUCUCUGGACAGCAGCCACCUGGACAGCUCCAGAGACACAGACUCAGGGACUCCCUUCAGCUCCCCGACCAGCAAACCCCCUAAACCUGUAUCAGACACAGAAGACGGUGCAAGCCCUCCAAAGGAGCUUUUUGUCGAGACUUCCCCUGCAGCAAGCGCAGCAGCAGCCGCCAUGCCGCAGACGAGCGCUGCAGCCACCGUGCCACCAACAAGUGCAGCAUCCGGCGUCCCACCGAACACAGCAGCAACCGUGCAGCCAGGAGCGUCGUCUGCUGAUACAGAACAGGAGGCUUCAGCUAAAGCAAGGCCUCCCUCUCCACCAGCCAGCACCUCCAUCAGCACAGUCCUGAGUGGGAACGUAAAGCCCAGUGCUGCCAGCAGCCCUAAAGAGGAGCCAAAUGGCCUUGAGGAGUCCACCCCCGGAGCUCCUGCCAAGAGACCUCACUCCCCCACGCAGGAAGACCUGGCCAAGAGGCACAAAGACGCAGACGUGGUUUCCAGUGAUGACUCGACGUUCAAAGAGCCGUACCCACCAUCCUCUGACUGCAGUCCACAUGGAGAGGCACCCAGUACUCCUCCUCUGUGUGGAUCCAAGGCGAAGCCCAUUCCAACAAUCGAUACCUCAAGAACACAGAGACUUCCCAGCAUGGAGCUGCCUGACGCCUCUUCACCUCUCCCCGCCAGUAACAGUUGUCGCGUCGUAAAGAAUUCCAUUAAACUGGCCCUCAACCGUCACAGCAUCACACCUCCCAAGCCUCCAGUGUUUGAGGGCACCCUCACCUCAGAUGCUCCUGCUGCCAGCGAAGAGAAGGGCAUGUCCAUUCCUGUCAUCGGCUCAAAACAUGUUGCACCCAAACACACGGUGCCCCCAGUCGGCAGCUCCAUCCCCACUCUGGUCAGCCGAGUUGUUGACCCCCUGAACGGAGCAGCCUCCAAGAGACCCCACUCUCCAUCUGUGGAGGAGCAGGCCAAGAGGCUGAAAGAAACAGAGAAGGCCCGGAUUCACAUAGCCUGAACAGACUGCAUUUGUUACCCGCGCAGCAGUGGGCCUCAACGGUCAAGCCAAACACAGAGAGCGACGCCUCUACACGGGACGGGGGAGCGUUUUCAGGUCGGUCUGUGUGAACCGUGACGCAGCAGGACAGAAACCUCAGCUCAGAUCUGUCAGAUUAGACUUUCUUCCCGUGGAUCUGCGACUGUCAGCGCUGUCCCACUCGGAGUCACAGAGACAUGACACGAGAACUACAGCAGCAGCGUUUUUUUUACUCCUUCACUUCCUUUUCCAUCUGUGUUAAAAAACAUAGUCAUGGGCAGUGAGCUGUUCUUCAUGUCAUAUUCAUUUCUUUUCCGAUGACAUUUUAAAAAAUAGCCUCUUCUUAUUGACUCUGCUGGAGAGAACGCUGAUGUUUGGUCAUUCUCCCUCAUUUCCUCCACACAGAUACCUGUACUGUAAAUGUUGAUGUACAUAACGUUUUGUCUUUAAAAAAAAAAAACAAAAGAUCAUUAAGUCUUUUGAUUAUUCUAUUGUAGUUUUAUCUAAAAAGAAAAAGUUUAAAAAAUUUAUUUUUGUUUUUCUUUACUGCUUGUACCAACAAAUCGUCUCCGAGUUUGGAUACAGUUGCAGGCUGCAUUUAUUGAAGGUUUACUUGGUUUAACAAAAACACAUCCCCAGCUCUCAUGGACCUGCUAAGCUGGACUCUCCUAAAUUAGUGUUGGGUUUGCAGUUGGUAGCCGCUCCUCAGGAGCUGGUAAGAGCAAGGGAAACUAUCCUUUUAUGACAGGAAUGGGAAUGUUUUUUUGUUUUUUCUAUCUUUUUUUGUCACAUCACAGAAGAACGAUGCCAGAACGCUGUGUACUGUGUUCCUCUCCAUGGUGUUCUGCUUGUUGCUGGCCUUGUUCGGUGAGUUCUCUGCGUACAGAUCGACAGGUAAGGUCAACAAGAAUGUGUUUAAUUACCAGUUCGGCAUUUAUCUCUGGGAUUGACAGCUAAUCAGGAGAACUUACAGCAUCAAUGCCCCCCAUCCCUGCCACCACAUCCAUACUCCCCUUCCACAACAUUCACAAUUCUUACUGUAAAGAUUCUUUCGGAUCAAACCGAGCCUCGUUGGCAAGUCUUUGGUGUUUUGUGGUUGGGGGGGGGGGGGAGUGGUUUGAAAUUUGUUUUAAGGAGUUUUGUUAGUGUGCACGCAUGUAUGGCUGGCUGUGUGCAAGCAUUUAACAAUGGUUGUGUUGAUGUGUAAGAGAGAAAAUAUUCCCUUUGUUUUGGGUGCUAACCCUCUGCGCCUCCUGUGGAGGUUCUUAGAAGGCAUCUCCUGGGUCCACAGGUUGUGUGGGGUGUUGAUGGGAUGAGGUGGCAGCGUCUGAAGAUAACUUAAUUUCCCCCAACUCUUCUUGUAGAAGCUGAGUGCCUGUGUGUUUGUAUGUGUCGAGUGAUGCCACUACUGAGGCAUGCUCUCGCUUCAUUAAUGCUUUUUUUCCAGAAUCAGUUUCCCAAGUUAAAAUUUACCAGAGGGCCAUUUUCUUUCCAUAAGGCAUCGUUGUCAUAAUUGGGGGUUUUCUUAUCACAUUAUUUAUAUAUGCAUAUUUGUACAAUGUGAUCUUUUAUUUUAAUAGCAUUCAUAGCUGCACCACUCUUUCAUUUCUGCUGUUCAGAAACAUUUAACACAAGUCAUCUAGAUGUUUGUUUCUAAAAAUGUAUUGAAAGGGUAUUUUUGUAUGUGUUUACCACUUCCUUUAAAUGAAUCAUACAUCCAUUAAACCCCUAAAAAAAAAAAAAAAAAA